CGCGCUGGUUAGCGGCGGUUCCAGCAUGCCCUCUUCAGCGCAAUUUCAGAAAGUGCUGACUGACAGGAAGACUACGUUUACUAUUGAGAGUAUUUUGGGACUCGACAGAAAGAAGGAAUGUGCGCCCUCAGCGAGACCACACAAGCCGUGGACGGGUCCAGAAGUCAGCAGCCAACAAGACGCGGCUCCUGUAACGCGCAAGCUCGUCCUGUUGCCGCAGAUGAAAGAUCAAGAGGACAAAAAUGUCGUCUACAAUAAGAUGCGCUGCUCAGAGUCCUACAAACGAGCUUUGAACUGGUACAUAGGCAGGAGGCCCAGGACGGCUUUUAGUGGAGCCCAGAUCGAGGUGCUGGAGAGUGUGUUCAGAGUGAACCCCUACCCCGGGAUCGAUGUGAGGGAGGAGCUGGCACGCCAGCUGGAGCUGGAUGAGGACCGGAUCCAGAUUUGGUUCCAGAAUCGGCGUGCUAAACUGAAACGGUCUCGCAGAGAGUCUCAGUUCCUCCUCGUGAAAAAGGUCUUCACAGCUCUGCAGGACCCGACCGAGCCUUGACAUAUAUAAGCCUUGACUCUAUAAUCCGAGACCCUCCUGACAUGCGUCUCUAUAAUCUAAUAUGUAAAUGUUGUAAUUCUGUAAAAUAAUACAUUCUGUAUAUUUUGGUUGUUCAUAAAUGAUGAUGUUUAAUAAAGUGAUA